UCAUUUUUGAUACAUAGUAGGGUAUUGGCAGCAAAAACACUCACCGCUUUCAUCGCCUCUCUCAGUUCACGAACAACACCGGCGGCACAAUGAACACCGCCGUUGAACACGAACCCCAUCAAGAAGAAGUAGAAGAAGAAGAAGUUGAGGAUUCAUGUUCUUCAGAUUCAGAAAUCGGCGAUGCGUUAGACUGGUUGGAUUCCAAGGACGAAGAUGAAGUGUUUGAUGGCUCGUUCUCUUCCUCCCUCAGUUCCUGGCGCCCUAACGCUCACGGUGGCCACCACUCUCAUUCCUCCACACUCCAACCUCUCGCCAAUCGCAACCAGAAGUUCACACAUCAUAUUCGAGCUUCACCCUUGGAGGAGUGGGAAGGAAGGAUGAAUGUUGGCAUGUCUAACUCUGUGACAACAGCAAUUCGUGGAAGUGUGAGAGAUGGGGCCAUUGGUAAAACUAAUAAAACUGAGAAAGCAGACCGAGCCACUGUUGAGCAGGCAAUUGAUCCAAGAACGCGCAUGGUUUUAUUCAAGAUGCUGAACAGGGGUGUGUUUAACGAUAUCAACGGAUGCAUUUCAACUGGAAAGGAAGCAAAUGUUUAUCAUGCAACCAAAAACGAUGGUCAAGAACUUGCAAUUAAAGUGUACAAAACAUCUGUUCUGGUAUUUAAGGAUAGAGAUAGAUAUGUGCAAGGAGACUUCCGGUUUAGGAAUGGAUACUGCAAGCAUAAUCCCAGGAAAAUGGUAAAAACUUGGGCAGAGAAAGAAAUGAGAAAUCUUAUGAGGCUAAAAGCAGCAGGGCUUAGGUGCCCUACACCACAUCUUCUGCGGCUACAUGUUCUGGUUAUGGAAUUUAUAGGAAAGACUGGUUGGGCUGCUCCUCGUCUCAAAGAUGCUGCUUUAUCUCUAGACAAGUUACGGGAAGGCUAUGUGGAGAUUAUUAUUGCAAUGCGGACGCUGUAUCAAAAGUGCAAAUUGGUGCAUGGUGACCUUAGUGAAUAUAAUAUACUUUAUUUUGAGGGUCACUUGUAUAUUAUUGAUGUUUCUCAAGCUGUUGAUCCUGACCAUCCUCAUGCUCUUGAUUUUCUGCGUGAAGAUUGUGUUCAUAUAUCUGACUUCUUCAAAAAGCAUGGUGUGGCUGUCAUGACAAUAAAAGAACUGUUUGAUUUUAUUGUUGAUGCAUCCAUUGCUGAUGAUGCUGUGGAUAGCUAUUUGGAAGAGGUGCAACAAAAAGUUUUAGCAAGAGGAGAUUUAUCCGUGGAGGAAGAAAUUGCGGAUUCUGUAUUUGUGCAGUCUUACAUUCCAAAGAACCUAGUUGAUGUUAAGAAUGCUGAGGAGGAUGCACAACGGAUAGCAAGUGGGAAGGACACCGGCGAUUUAUUAUAUAAGACCAUUACAGGGCUUAAACACGCUGUGCCGAAUACCCAGCCUUCCCUGCGAGAUGGCGAGCAAAGGCAGGAAUCAAGUCGUAUAGAAGAUUCAUGUUUAAUUUCUGACAGUAAAUCUAGCCUCGCAGAGGGUGAUGAUGCGGAGUCUCAAUCAGAUCAGGACGAAGAUAGUGCUACUGAUCCUGAAGAGGAUGGGGAUUCAUCCUCUGGAAGUGAAACCGGUUCUCCUGUGGAUAAGAAAGCAGCAAGAAAAGAAGCUAGGAAGGAAAACAAGAAGAAGGUGAAGGAGGAGAAGAAAGAAGCGCGGAAAAAUAAAGUCCCUAAAGCUGUGAAGAAAAGAAAGCAAAAAAUGGCAAAAGCUCGUAAGACUAGAUAGGGAUUUAUCUAUUAAUAUGAUUAUGAUCAUCAAUUUUGCUAGUAGUUUGUUUGUCUUUUAUAGAAGUCAUAAUGAGAUAUACAAAAAAGAGCAGACCUAACACAGCAUUUUUGUUCAAUCUGUAAUUUAUGUCAGCUUAUGCUUUUCUCUACAUUACAAAUUAGUUUCAGCCCUGUUGUUUUCUGAACAUUCCAUUUAACUUCAUAUAACGUUUUGCUGUUUUCUUUAUGAAAAAAAUCUUUCUGA